AUCACUGUCCGGGCAUGCGCAAAUAAGACGCGUGCCUACUAGUACAGUCGCACAGGCGGUCUAGUAGAUACACACGGAAGAUGAGUUUGAGUGUUACUGUGAAAUGGUGUGGGAAGGAAUUUGUGUUCGAUAAGCUGAGGCAUAGCACGACAGUAUAUUCUUUGAAACUAAUGAUUUAUGAGAAAACUGGAGUUCUACCGCACAGACAGACCCUGCUAGGACGUCGACUGAAAUUGAAGGCUAAACCAAAACAGGGAAAGGAAGCAGAUGAUGUCAGGAAACUGAUUGAUGUUGGAGUACAAAAUGGAAUGAAGAUUAUGAUGAUGGGCACAAGAGAAGAAGACAUGAAAGUUGAGGUUCUAAGCCCACCAGAGCAUUUGCAAACAGAAGUUGUGGAUGACUUUGACAUAGAAGAUGAAAUGCAAAUUCAAGAAAGUGUCAAGGAAGGGGGUCUAAUACAUGAAUUUUUUGCCCAGAAGUAUGAAGCGGCGGAAAGGGGUCUGGCUACGCGAAGCUAAUUUAUGGCAUAGCUAUAUGUCUUACCUGAAUAUCUUCAGAAAAUUGAACACCGUGUGAAGGAAUAUCAAGUGCAUGUAUUGAAUGAGUCUCGUCCAGGCAAGAAAUUGCUUGUUCUUGAUGUUGACUACACGUUGUUUGGUGAGAAAUGGAUGACAACUGUUUUGUGCUCGUUAUUGCUCUUAUUGUUUGUUAGAUCACAAAUCUACGGCUGAGUCUGUUGAGAUCCUCAGUCGACCACAUCUCCACACAUUCCUGGCUGCAGUGUAUGACCAAUAUGACAUAGCAAUAUGGUCGGCAACAAGCAUGAAGUGGGUUGAAGUCAAAAUGAAGGUACU